GGAGGGAGAGGGAGGUGUUGACCGGAGGUGUUGACCAGAGGCAUUGGAGAAGGAACACUGACUCAAUUCUUCUUUGAACAGAGAGAGAGAUAGGACAGAGUGGAUAAGUGGUUAGAGAGAAAGGGAGAGUGCGUAGACUGGAUUAAACAGUGAGCGUGGGGAAUAGACAGGGCAAAGAGAGAGUACUGUGUGGCUUGUACUGGGCAGUUGUGGCAUAUAGAGGGCCUAAGCAGUGAGGUGUGGGGUAUUUAUUUGCCAGUGUGGGGUGUUUACUGGACUCUGGGGGACAUACAUACAUGGCCCAAACAGAGAGUAGUGGGUAGGUAUAUGCGAGGAAAGGGUGAGCAGUGAUUUGAAGGGAUGGUGUAUCCCAGGCUGCGUGGGUGGUGAAUGCAGGAGUUAAUGUAUACAGGGCAGGCUGUUAAUGCAAGGUAUAUGCGGGACAGGCUUGAGCAGCCCAGUGCAUGUUACCUGCUGGUCCCCACCACACUGGGGUUCACAGGCCACCUGCCGCCUACUCCCGGGACCACUCAGCCCAAAGGCCACGGUGAUAAAGCAGCAGAUUGCAGUAAACUGGGAGGAUGCCUUUGGCAGAAACUGUGGCCAAUGUGGUUCUGCGGAUCCCCAGUCUCAUGAUGCUGGAGUUGCUGUACAAGUGGGACGUUGGUCUCUUUGCCGAACAGAUCCGAGCCAGGAAUGAGGAGAUGCUAAUCAAGUACAAGUACGUCCUGUGGAAUGUCUACUACCUGGGUCACCUCCUUGGUAUGGUGGUUCUUGUGCUACCCCUCCAGCACCUGGUGAAGCUAUACCUGUACCUGCUGACAGCCUUGCUUCUGUAUGUCGGACACCAGACCUGCAGGGACUAUGUUCUGCGAGAGGUGGAGUCCGGGUACGACGGAGCGGUGUUUCUGGACCUGGCUGCUCUCCAACGCUUUGUCAGUACGCUAACAGGUCAGCUCUUGGUCUCCUCCUUCUGUUCCUACUUCAUGAAGUCCAAGCCAUUCUGGUUGUUCAGCGCUCACCUGCUGCCCCUGCUGGCCCGGCUUUGCAUGGUGCCUCUUGGUGUUCUCCUCCUCCUCAACAAGUUGACCAUGGUCUUCACCACCUUUGAGGUGAUCUACUUCCUGCUCCGCAACAUGUUUGUGCCGUACCACCUGGCCAAGUCGGCCUACCGCGAGAUUGUGCAGCAGAGCGAGCUGUACGGGAUCCUGGGCUUGGGCAUAAUGCUGUGGAACCAGUUUGCUGUGCCCGUCCUCUUCACGGUCUUCUGGCUGGUGCUGUUUGCCGCCGAGAUCUAUUUCUACCUCAGCUCCCAGAGCCAGACAGCUGCUUCCAAUGAGGGCCUGAUCUUCGUCUUCCUCACCAGCGUGGCUGGUUGCUGCGUGACACCGUACUCCAUGAUUGGCCUGACGUUCGCUGUCUCUCGCCUGUCACUUGGCUUGCUCGCUCUCUGCAAGUUUUACCUCCAGGGCUACUCGGGCUUUCUAAACGGCAACCUCAUGCACAGAGGUGUGACAGAGGGUGUGACAUUCCUGCUACUGGCCCUGCAGACGGACCUGAUCGAUCUGCACAUCCUGCAACGCACCUUCCUCCUCAGCAUCAUUCUCUUCAUCAUCGUGGCCUCCAUUCUGCAGUCCAUGUUGGAGAUCACGGACCCCGUUGUCCUCGCGCUGGGGGCCUCCAGGAACAGGAGUUUCUGGAAGCAUUUCCGAGCGGUCACCAUGUGCCUUUUUCUGUUGGUCUUCCCGAGUUUCAUGGCCUACAAGAUUGCGCAGUUCUUCGAGAUGGACUUCUGGUUACUCAUCAUUGUCUCCAGCAGUGCCCUCACUUCUCUGCAGGUGACGGGGACCCUCUUCAUCUACGGGCUGUUCCUGGUGGAGAGCCUGAGGAGGGAGCCCAUCGAGGACCUGGAGGACGUGAUCUACUACGUGAACAGCGGGUGCCGGGUGCUGGAGUUCCUGGUGGCCGUCUGCGUGGUGACCUACGGAGGACUGGAGUCAGUGCUGGGUGAGUGGAGCUGGAUGGGAGCCUCGGUCAUCAUCGUCCACUCCUACUUCAACGUGUGGCUGAGGGCCCGGGCCGGCUGGAACAGCUUCCUCCUCCGCCGGGAGGCCGCCAAGAAGAUCAGCGCCUUGCCCCAGGCCACUGCCCAGCAGCUGCAGGACCACAGUGACGUCUGCGCCAUCUGCUACCAGGUGAUGAGGACGGCGAUCAUCACUCUGUGUGGCCAUUAUUACCACUCCUCCUGCCUCCGUCGUUGGCUCUAUGUGCAGAAGACCUGCCCCAUGUGCCACCAGCUCAUCAAGCCGUCCUCCCCCCUGCAGGAGCCCCCUCCGCCAGCCAGGGAUGAGGAGCCAGAUCUCGAGAACCCCGUUGCAGCCGAUGAGGCGGCCUCUGCGCCUUCCGAUCGACUGGAUGGACCAACAGAGGCUUCAGGCUCUGCGAACAGUUCCUCUGGAGAUGGCAAGCCCCUGCGAGAGGAUCAGGGGAGUUCCCCGUGGGGUCAGGAGGACCAAGAGCCUCCAGGUCUUCUGGCACCCAAGGUGGGAGAAACCGCUGAGCCGGGGGCAGCCGACCAGGAAGUAAUCUGGGGCGGGGAGCAGCCGGGGAAGGGAGCAGGGAAGGAGAGCCCCGACCAUGAGGAGGCUCCUCCCAAAGAGCUGAACCUCGCGCCCGGCCCCCAGGGAGGGGAGGGAAUGGACGGCCGGCGCAGUGGGUCGCCGAUCGGCGGGGAGGACCCGACGCUGCUCCCGGACCCGGCAGGAAUGCCGCCAGAGAACACGGAGCCUUCGCCGUUUUCCGAAAGGGACGGCAGCUCGGGAACUGAACUCGGUUUACAGGAGGAAGGAUGAGCUCGUGCGGAUCGCAACAUCUGCUGGGAAACAGAAAUGAUAAACUUUAUAAACUGUGUGGCUGUGAAAACACAUUUGCCUUAUGUUGACAAUCGGGGUCGUGAGGCCUGUCUAAUUAAAACAAGAUGUGGUUGAA